GUCGGUUCAUACGCCUGUCAAAAGAGGGGGGGUUCUUCGUCUUCCCGGAGCCCCAAUACAGAAACCCAAUUCCGCCACUCGUCGUCCCCAAAAUUUAUUAUGCUUUGGUGAUCGGCUCCUCUAUUUUUGGUUACCGCAUAACUGGAAACCUUUAUUUUGACUGUGUACUAGCAGAGAGGGUAAGCAAAGAGAGGAUACGCUACUUCUGUGCUUGUUGAUUAUCCAUCGACAUAUACGUAUACAGGGAUGGCGGGUUCAGAGACAAAGUUCUUGCAGGAACUGAUUUUGUACGCGGCCAGUGCGGCGCUGAGCUGCUUGGUAUUGUUUGCGGGGCUCAGACACCUCGACCCGAACAGGGAGGCAUCGAAGAAGGCGCUUGAGCACAAGAAGGAAAUCGCUAAGCGCUUGGGUCGUCCUCUAAUUAAUACCACGCCCUACGAGGAUGUAAUAGCUUGUGAUGUCAUAAAUCCUGACCAUAUUGAUGUGGAGUUUGACUCCAUUGGGGGAUUGGAAACCAUCAAAGAAGCUUUAUAUGAACUUGUCAUUCUUCCUUUGAGGAGGCCUGAGCUGUUUUCUCAUGGGAAGCUUCUUGGUCAGCAGAAAGGGGUUCUUUUAUAUGGUCCUCCUGGUACUGGGAAGACUAUGCUUGCGAAAGCUAUUGCUAAAGAGUCUGGAGCUGUUUUCAUCAAUGUGAGGAUUUCCAAUCUAAUGAGCAAGUGGUUCGGGGAUGCACAGAAACUUGUUGCUGCUGUUUUUAGCUUGGCUUAUAAACUCCAGCCAGCUAUUAUAUUUAUUGAUGAGGUUGACAGCUUUCUUGGUCAGCGACGUGCUAGUGAUCAUGAAGCCUUAACAAACAUGAAGACCGAGUUCAUGGCUUUAUGGGAUGGAUUUACCACAGAUCACAAUGCAAGAGUGAUGGUUCUUGCUGCGACAAAUCGCCCAUCAGAACUUGAUGAAGCUAUACUACGACGUCUACCUCAAGCCUUUGAGAUUGGGAUACCUGACAGGAGGGAGAGGGCUGAGAUAUUAAAAGUGAUUUUGAAGGGUGAGAGGGUCGAAAACAAUAUUGAUUAUGAUCGAGUAGCCAGUUUGUGUGAAGGAUAUACAGGGUCUGAUCUUCUUGAACUCUGUAAAAAGGCAGCAUAUUUUCCUAUCAGGGAACUGUUAGAUCAAGAGAAGACUGGAAAGCCAUCAUCAGCUCCUCGGCCAUUGUCACAGUUAGAUUUGGAGAAAGUUCUUGCCUCUACAAAAAAGACAAAGGUUGCUGCCAGUGAGUAUGUUGGGUUAACCUCACAACCAUCUGCGUGGCUGGCCAGGCAAAGGGAGUCAGAUGAUUAUCCAGUCCAAGCUGCAAUAAAUGAGCUCUCUAAGCUUGUGGUCUCCCAAAUCAUCAACCUUCAAUCAGAUUCUCAGGAACCCUAAAGUUUGUACCCUAAAUCCAACUCAUCUGUAGUAGUAUUCUGGUAUGUGUAGAGUGAUGCUCCAAGGAAUCUGGCUAGUUUUCAUUGUCAAAUAUUUUUUGGGUAUUGGGCAUCUAACAUGCAAAUUAUAUAGUUUGACACAGCUUGGGUGCCAUCAGUAUUUGAUCUAGGCACUCUCUUAAGAUUGAAUGUUCUUAGAAAUACUCCACAUUUGUUCUUUAGCAUUUUAUAUCAUAAGCUGGUGAUGCUUUUGAUAUUCCUGGAACAGUUAUUAUUUCUAUUGGUUUAGCGGUCAGUAUAUCUUUCAUUUAGCA